AUGUCCCAGAGACCUCUCACACCACUCGAGAGCAUCUCCGGGCAGACCGAAAGUGUAGGAAACCAGCCAUCCCCAGAGGAGACUAAAGGCAGUGGUUCAGCUUCGCAGCCAGCACCUGCAGAUGAGGCCGACAUGUGGUCCAGGGUUGUUUCAUAUCAGACCAGGCUACCAUCGGAUGGCCAACGCGUUAUUUACGUCGGCGAGCCAUGGACUCUUGCAUAUGUCAUGCAAUGGAAGGGGCGGCAACGGCAGGGCAUGGUUGAUGUCGCCGGGUCUCCAAAUGGGCUCUCAACUGAAUCUCCAACUGCCAUUCACGUCUCGGUGCCCAUCGAAAAUCAGACCUCACCCGACUCACAGCGGCAACCCCAAUCCUCAACGGGUGCAGUUUCAACCGCCAAUGCGUCGGAUCUCCCUGCUGAUAUCCAACAGGCUCUUGUCAAAUCAUAUUUCUCUCGGCACAACAUUUUAUACGCAGUCUUGGAUAGCCGCCGCUUCAGCGAGCAGUCUCGCUCUCAUACUCUUGAUCCCUGCCUGCACCUCGCCGUUCUCUAUGCUGGGGCACUUCACGUACCAGACCCUAUAAUAUACCGGGCUGGCUUCGAUAGCCGGCAAGCAUGUCUUAUUUCACUCUACCGGCGGGCGAAAAAGAUCUUCUUCCAAAAUGACGAUGAUGGCACGGUGGAUCAGCUUUCUUAUAUUCAAUCGGCCUUUUUACUGCACAACAUGUGGCAGGGUCCUAACGCUACCUUGGAUCCAUGGACGUGGUUGGGACUUGCUAUUCGUAUGGCUCAAAAUAUUGGUAUGCAUCGGAGCACCCAGUCAUCCUCGCUACCCGAGCCGGACAAACGCUUGUGGAAGCGAAUUUGGUGGUGUCUUUACACUAGAGACCGACAAAUUGCAAGUGCUCUGGGGAAACCAUUAAUGAUUCGGGAUGAAGACUGUGAUGUAGAACCUCUGACGGUGAGGGACUUCGAGGAAGGCGACUCUGAACAGACAAGAUACUAUGUGAUCGAGCAGGCAAGGCUAAGUAUUCUAUGUGCGUCUCAAUCCCUGAAUUUCUUUUCUCUGCAGUAUUCUGAUCAAGGUCUAGUCGGUACUACUAUAUCCAAACUCUUUACUGUGUCUCCACAUGAUUCAGCCCAGAGGCAUGCAAGCAGAGCCAAUCUUCUGCAGCAAGUCAACAAGUGGAAAGACGAACUCCCGCCACUUCUGAAUUGCUGGAGCUACCGAGGCCUCGACGCUGUUCCGUUUCAAGGGCUGUUAUUAGAGGUUUUAUACAAGUAG